CUAACAUUUUGUCACCAAGGAAUCACAAUAUCUGAGCUGCUGAGACUAGUUCGCCAGUACCAUCAGAGUGUCAUCCCUGAACAACAUGGGGCGACUCUCGACGAUAGGUCUAAGGGGCUGCAAGGGGUCGAUGAGCCCGCAAACCUCGAGAGAUCCCUAACGGACGCCGAGAUGGCCUCAGCCCGUUGGGCCUGGGACUGGCUGCGUUCUCGUCCACAAAUUCUCAUCGGUGGCAACAAGCGAUGGAAUCGCCUCGAGCUAAGUGAAGCGCUUGCCUUGCCGGAGGCCGUAACAGCUGGCGAAACGGAAGAGCUAGCAUCGGGAGAGAAAAGCGGGGCACGGGAUGCGUCAGUCUCGGCAGCCGGUCGCCAGGCGAACAAUCGAGGGUCUAAAAAGGUGCUUACCACGCGACCCAGGAUACAACCCUCCGAGGAGCUCGUGUGGCAGACCUUGGCCCAUCAUGGCGUGGAUUACAAGCGUGUGCCCGCGCUUGAAUGGGCCUGUUUGCAAGGGAUCGCAACCGCUAGGGCUGAGGGUAUCCUUCAAAGCGAUCUUCGCCGCUUGGUCAACCAGGACAAGCGCUCGCUGCCGAAGCGGACAGACCUGCUCGCCCGCAAAGGCUACAUCGCCAAAAGAACAGUUGUUGUGCAGAAGAUGAAGACCAGCAGGCUGUGGCUGAUCGAUUUUGCUCCUCCACUUGUCGAGGAAGAAACAUGCGGGCUUGACCUGUCGCCCGAGAGUUUGACCAAAGACUUGGAACCCGUUCCAUGGCAUAAGCGCUGGACCGGAAACAACAUCGACAUGGACGCCCUCGGUAGGACCGUUGUGGGCGUUGUCAAGGCUUGGACCGUCAUCCGGUACUCUGAUCUGAGGACCAAAAUGGGUGUUUCGGGCAAACGAUGGCAAAUGAAGACCCUUGCCAAGAACUGCCAGCGUUUGGUCGACAUGGGCGUGUUCAAGUACACAGCUGCCUCUUUCCCGGGAUCAUCACGCAAGGUGUUCAAAGACUGCCUCAAGUUCGUGAGAGAGCCAAGUGCAGAAGAGUGGGACAAAUUUCUCGCCACAGGAAAGAAGACAUCCCAAUAUUCGGAUCCUACCCGGCAUCGGGAGCCGAAACCAAAUGCCCUUGCGCUUUAUGGCAGAUCGGGAGACGGUGAGCAGAAGAGCGGCGACAGUCGGUCCAAAUUGAAGCGUAUCUUCAGUGGUUGGGCCCCAGAGAAGCCUAUUGCUCAGAGUGUCUAUGAGGUUAUACGGAGGGCUGGUCCUGAAGGGGCUUCGAAUCCUCAAGUUAGCGUAGCUACAGUCGGCUACCAGCAUCGACGGUAUCUUUCAAGUUACCUUAGUAAAGUUGCUGAAACCCAACAGCCGCCGCACCUCAAGAAAUUUCAAAUCGUCAGCAAGCUUGUACGUACGGGGAAGACCUCUGCCUACAUGUUUUCGGUACCGGCGGCAGAGUCACCGCCGAACCAAGCUGGUCACUCCACAAGCGCCGGAGAGGGUGUGAGCCAGGAGCAACCGGCGUCAAUCGACGGCUCAUCGACGUUUACUGGCACUGAUCCGUAUGGUUUUGGAGCUGUUAAGCCUAAGGCUUUCGCCGACGCGAAGGAUCUUUCGCUCUCGGCCCUGUCUCAAAUCGCCAAGAAGUCUAGGUCCUCCUCCAGACGCAAACUCCAGGCGGGCUCGCGGUUACAAAGGGCAGCUGAUGCUGAGAUCGCCUCAGGGAUUACUCACCAGGCCAAUUCCGAGCUGACCGGUCAAGGAGAUCAACAUCCAGCGACCGCGCCUGGUCAGGCUCCGAAGCGGGACUUUGACGAGGCAUUUGGGAAUCACGGACCGGCUGAGUUUGACCUGGCCAAGCCCAACCCUAGCGCAGAAACACCAUCUUCAUCUGUAACCUUCACCUCAGUCAAUCAAGCCAACCAGCCGCCCAGCAGCGGUGCUGCAGACUUGGAACGAGAAGACCUUGUGAUGGCAGUCAGAUACAACGGCGGUCCCGGAAAGUUGCGACUUUGCCGUUCAGACAACUGUCUCAGUUUUGUCAAGGGCGGGAGAGGGGGGAAUAGAAAGCCUGUCACUAUUCCCCUCAACGUUAAUUUUGAGGAAGUAGCUACGCGGGAUGCCCCCGAGGGCAACGAAAAAAGCCUGGUUUUCAUCAUAGGUCCUAAAGAUGACACUUCUCCCUCUACAUACAUUUUCACCUUCGACGACAACGAUGCCGAGGUUCGGGACACAGCAGCGGCGAUUAUGCGUGAGGUUAAGAUGAUCAAUGCACCUCCCAGCACCGAACCUGAUCAACGCGAUGAACAGCACGCACCUCAAGAUGAUUCGGUAGCUGAGUCUGCUCCACAAAACCUUGGGCCUGCCCGAGGUAGAGGACGUGGCCGUGGUGGCAGCCGGGGUAGAGGUCGGAAAGGACAGCGGCUCGCCGGCGGAGCAAAGCCCUGGAUUUGCCCGACAUGCGGCGGCUCCUGGAAAAAUGACCUCGGCUUGAAAUACCACCUGGAGAAAGCUCAAGUUCCCUGCAACCCCAACUUCGACCCUGCCUCGUUGCUUGAGCGGUCUCGCAAACGCCGUAAACCAUCACCCCCACCACCGACUCCUUCUGCGCAUUCUGAAGUAGGGGAUGAGGGCACUUUGGACCGCUCACGACUGGCCCGCAACGCACGGAAACCUCAGAAAGAUGGUGCUCGCCCGGCGCUGAAAAUUCGCGCUGCCAUGAGGUCACUACCGGGCCGCGCCCAGCAAUUUCGGGGCCUUGAUUUCGCAGAGGUUGAUGUUGAUGAGGAACCUGAGAGCCGAGUCCUGGAACAAAGCAGGCCUAUGCCGAGGACUGUUUCCUUGCUCCCUGCCGGUCCUGGCGCUAACGCAGAACCUGAGUCGGUAACUCCGACCUUGGCCGGGAAUAUUGUCUUUCCUGCAGAACGCUCAGUCACUGAGGGGACCAAGACCUCGUUGGAUAGUAAUGCUCCCGCUCCAACCCUUUUGCGCACAAUACAACCCUCCCAGUCUAUUGUGCAUGAUGACAGGCCCCAGCGUGACACGUUGGCCGAGGACCGAAUUCCAAGGGCUCCUCUUCCCGGCCACAUGGAAUCUCAGCCCCUGACUCCUUUGCCAACCCCCAGGGCAGCGGCUACAAGGCCAACAAAGCCUACAAAGCCACAAAAGGCUGAUGGUGCAUUGAGAGCGGGUUUCUCCUCUGGAACUAUCCCAUCACAUAGCGCCCCUGUCAAUGAGUUUGACGUGCGGCGUACAAAUGGAACCCUGUUGCCGCAUGGGUCUCGGGACGCGUCACCAACAACGGGAGGAUCCCCCGUGUCCGGUCGGAUAGAGCGUUCAAAAUGCGAGUAUCCGGAACCGCCCUCCGAAAGAAACGUGAAGGGGACAUGGGCGUCCCUCGAUUCUCAUGAUGAGAAUACGGUUGCUAGACCAUUCGUGCCUUCUUCAGAUUAUGAUCUCAUGGCAACAGAUGCGAAGAGACGAACCGCCCAGGCAUUUGACAUCAUCAACUAUCUGCUGGACAACAAUGGCGGCGUGUUUCCCGGCGACAAAGCCCUGUUUUAUGCUCUGACCAAGGUCUUCUUGCAGGAAUUUAGGAACCAGAUGCCCCCUACCUGGAAAAACUGCCAAACUGCGGUCAAGGCAUUGGAGACUCGUAAGCUGGCGACUAUGCACACUCACAUGUUGAAGACGGAGAGGGGAAGGUUGCAAACGUGCACUUUAUUGAUCAGAUCGGGCGUGGACCCGGCCGGGAGGAUUCCCACUUUGAUGAAACAUAAGAUGCGGGAAACUUAUCCGCGCAUCUACAUACCGACUGCGUUUUCCCCCACUCAAGAGGAACUGGCCUUAUUACAAGAGCUCGAUAAGAAACCGUCGAGUUCUGGUAAGGAUCGGAAACAGAACGCGAACGGCCAGAAGUUCCGCAGCAAGCGGCAGAUUGAUGACAUUGCAGUCUUCAACGCACCUUAUUACACUCAGAGUGCCCCUGUCGCAGGAUCCAAGAAAGAUCCUCUCUGGAUCCGUGAGUCUGAACAGCUUCGAAAAGACGGUUCCGAUAGCCGAAAGCGAUCGGCAGCCGACGAUCCAAGUUCCCCUUCCUUCCAGAAGCGCGCAAGGACUGGCUUCCAGGAAGCUUCGACAGGGCCAAGGAAUUGGGGACAUACAAAUCAGUAUGACGACGAUAUACCUGUGGAUCCUAAAAUCAUGGGCCCAGUCCCUAAUCCACCCUCUCCGUCUCAUGGACGCUCUUGGCUAGGCGAUGCAUAUCCCCGAUGGGAAGCUUCCGAGGGUUUCGAAGACGACAUUUCGUCCCCCAAAAGGCCCAUCUCUGAUGCCCGGCGCAAAUACAGGGUAUCUUCAGUUUUCCCGGAAAGGGAUUUCACCACAUGGGACAAGGAGCCCCCGUCUGUUGUUGAAGCGAUCAGGGCGUACAGUCUAUUGCCUUCAAUAGGGUCUCGCAGGGCGCGCAGACUAUCCGCCGCGCUCAAGCCCAUGUCCAAAUUGCCGCCAGAGCUUGGGAGGAUAAGAAAUCCUGGUUUGUCUAGUUUGCCAGCUUCUUUCUUUGCCAUUGGCAAGGCCGGGCUCGUUCGACCAGCUCCAGCUGAGGUUCAAUUCCUGGGACCCAGCACCAACCUUGACGAUGGCGCCAAGGAUGCCGUAGAAGACCAAGAGCGAAUGCAAUUCACGGAUUCGACGAUCAACGAAGAUGUUACUCCUGAUCAAGUUGGAGUCGAGCAGUCUCAUGCAGCCCCCGGGGAAAGCCAUGCAGCAUCCCAAAAGUUCCGGUUUGUCUUGCCUGCUGUUCUCAAUGGCUCAUCAAGCGAUUCCUGGUCAAGCCUAGAACCUGUUUUCGUUGAGCAUUACGCUACCAGUGUCACGCUUGACGGCCGGUUGCCACCUGACAAGUACCUUUUAGCCCAGGACCUCCGCUCGAGCAUAGAGGAAAUGGCUCAGAAGCUAGAGGCCGAGGAGACUGGAGCGGAUUUCUGGGUUGACAAAGAAUACGCCAAGUUCUGCUCCCUGAUCAACAGGAUCGCAGCCUGGGAACAAUCUCAGAACGUCCCGGGGCUUCUGAAUGGGGAUCUUGCGAUGGCCGAUCACCUCUACGUCAAUGUGUGUCCGCCAAACUCGAAGACCAUGUCAGCUACCCCGAGAUGGUCAGAGGAGACGCAGUUUGACGUCGAGACCCUCCCUUAUGAAGACCUAGAGGAUGAUACCUAUCAUGAUUACCUGUUUGCCGGAAACAGAUUGGGGAGAGCUCCGAGAGAUUCCGGCCAGGCACACAAGAAGCGUCGCGUGCACAAAGCGGAAGUGAAUCAGGUGCGGAGAGUUCAGGGAAGACCUCCGAAGUUUAAACUGCAAGCUACAAAGACGAUGCGCGAACACACUGCCUAUCCGAAAACGGCCGACGAUUUCCUGAGGGCUCCUGGCGACGAGAACGAAGAACUCGACUGGUCCAGCGAGAAUGUUCGGUUGGCUGCAUUUGUUGUUGUCACCACGUUGCUCGGGGGUGUCGACAGGGUCGUGGAUUGGGGCUUAAUGCUCCGACUCAUGCCUGAUCAAACAAUUAGCCAGCUCCGGCAUUAUUGGGGUGGUCUGAAGAAGGACCGCCAAUCGACCAUCGUUAGCUUGGCUGACAAGUUCCGGCGCGCGUUCCUCGAGGCAUACGGGAACGAGAUCCCGCCCAUCAACUUUGAUGACGUGCUGUCGUACGACUGGAAGGGCCUGAUCAAAUGGACUAUCAGUCUCGAUGGAACUGAGCGACGGACACUCCCGUCAACACGCACCGCAUUGGAUGAGAAGUUCACGCUGCGCAAGUUCAAACACGGGAAUCGUGAAUGGAGAGAGGCCUACUAUCACCCACAGCGGUCUGUAUUCAACAGAUUCCAGGACGCGACAUCCGAAGCCCUCGCCUUUUCGGUUGAUGACACAGCCGACCGGAAACCGAGCCUUGACAUGGUAGUUGCCAUGUCUUGGACGCGGUCGCUGUGUGUGACACCUGUCGAGGCAUACUCGGCCGAUGCCGUCCUUCACAGGCGAAACAGCCUUUACCCCAAGUUAAGCAAAACCGAAAUUACUGAACUGAUCAUCAAGGGUGUCGAUCAGCUUCAACGUCAGGGCGUGAUUUCCAAAUCGUCGUCAAAAUGGUCCAAUGGCCGUCGAUGGCGGUUCAAUACCCGGGUGCUUGAUUCCCUCGACAAAGUAGCACAGCAGGAAAAGUUUGCCAAAGCUGUCCAGUUCAAGAGAGAGCUUGACCAGGCAUUCCGAGAGUCUGAGGGCGAGAAGAAGAAGCGCGUCACCUACAUCACAAACGACGGCAUGAUCAUGGCCCUACUAAACCUGCAAGCCAGCGGGCGAGUCAACAUUGAGACCACGGGCCAGCCUAACGUUCCCUUGGGCCACGAACCGUUGAAUUACGAGACGCGCAAGUACACGAAGAAGUACCUCCAUUUCCGUCUCGACAUCGUCCCGACCGAGUCGUACCUCUAUGACGACGAUGAGGAGCUCGCAGACCUUCGGCGCCGCAUAAGAGAUGCAACACCGCCGACGAGGGGCCCUGGAGGUGCAGUACCAGUCUGGUGUGAUGUCUUUGGCAAGGUGGACACGGACAGAUGGCUCAAGUACCUUAGUGCGGUGCUGAUCACGCUGGCGUCGCGCGGCUCGAUGCCGGCCGACGAGCUUGUCAAGACCCUGAAGCCGGUUAUCAUGCUGUUCGAGGCGGAGCUGAUUAUGGAGUGGGCCGAGAAGUUGGGGCUGCUGAAAACGCAAAUUGAGGGGACGGCGCUGGCGGUGAUGGAAUGGUGGUGGAUUGCGGUCGAGGCGCAGAGAGAGGGACCGACGGCGCCGAGGCCGAGGAAAUCGUUGCCAUCGUCGAGGCCGAGUAAGGUCGUCGAGGGGGGAAUGUCGUAGACGUACAGGAGUUGGGUCAAGGAAAAGGGCUACAUGAAGUUGGGCGAUGGUUUGGAAUGGUUUAUUCGCGUUCCAUUGUUGCGCUUUUUUAAGUCGGCUGCUUUCAAGGCGAGAGGCAUCCUAGGUAUCAACAAGGAGUGCGGCUUCACAGCGGUUGGGUUAGGGAGCUACCGGUAGGCCUUAUACCCCCUCUUGGGUGCUCAACGGCAUAAGCAGGAUUAAGCAUGGCAGCA